GGCCUUCGGCUGAGCUGAUGGUUCAGGUGCCGAGGCGGUAGCUCCACGUCGCCAGACGGCCGGCGAGCUGGCGCGCACGGAGCUCAGCCGGUGAGGCCAGGCCGGUCCCUGCAUCCAGAGCUCCGGUUUCGUGUUCCCGCGAAGCUAUGGCGGGUCCGGGCCCGGGAGACCAGGACGAGCACUACGAUUUCCUGUUCAAGCUGGUGCUGGUGGGCGACGCGAGCGUGGGCAAGACGUGCGUGGUGCAGCGCUUCAAGACGGGCGCCUUCUCCGCGCGCCAGGGCAGCACCAUCGGUGUCGACUUCACCAUGAAGACGCUGGACAUCCAGGGCAAGCGGGUCAAGCUGCAGAUCUGGGACACAGCCGGCCAGGAGCGGUUUCGUACCAUCACCCAGAGCUACUACCGCAGUGCCAACGGGGCCAUCCUUGCCUACGACAUCACCAAGAGAAGCUCCUUCCAGUCAGUGCCUCACUGGAUUGAGGACGUGCGGAAGUACGCAGGCUCCAACAUUGUGCAGUUGCUGAUAGGGAACAAGUCGGACCUUGCCGAUCUCAGGGAGGUCCCACUGGCUGAGGCUCAGCACCUGGCCGAACACUAUGACAUCCUGUGUGCCAUUGAGACAUCUGCCAAGGACUCAAGCAACGUGGAGGAGGCCUUUACGAGGGUGGCCACAGAGCUCAUUAUGAGGCAUGGGGGCCCCAUGUUCAGUGAGAGGAGCACUGACCACAUCCAGCUGGACAGCAAGGACGUUACCGAGAGCUGGGGCUGUGGGUGCUGACCAAGGGGCAGGGCAGGCAGGCCAGGUACCUCCCCACCUUCUUUGUCUCGGGCCUGCCAAGCCUAGCCCUCCAGAGCCAGCCCUCCAGGGCAAUGGCUUUUCCAGAGCUGCUGAGUGCAGCCCUGCAAUUCUAUACCGCUGGCCUGGAUGCUGAGUGGGAAGGGUGAAGGAGAGCACCCUGUGCCAGAGGCUGUGGGCUCAGGGCAGGGAGGAGGCCAUCAUGCCAAUCAGCAUUUGUCCUCCAUGGACUUCAGAGUCCAGGACUGGCCUGAGUCUGUCGAUGUGGCCCACAGUGGCAGAGGGGCCAGUAUAAGCCACAGUGGGAGCUGAGGUGUGCUCCCUGACCUCCUUGUGGUAGGUUUGACUGGCUCCUACUGUGACUCCCGCUGCCGUGUCGCAGGUUGCUGCUGUCCAGGGAUGUGGCUGGUGCCCUGGGUUCUUCCAGGUCGUGCUGAGCAGCGACACCUUGCCUGGCAACCAGAUCUGCAGACGGGUGCCGAGCUCAUCCAGAAGGAAACAGUGUCUGCCCAUCACUGCCAGCUCAGAGUUCUCAGACGCCUCCUUGGGGCCUGGCUUACUGCCUUACCAAGACCUCUUGAGAUUUUCUGGUUUUCCGUGUGGCUUCUCAUUUUCAUUGGCACAAGUGUGGAGUCAUGGCUAAUGGCCAGCCGGGGACUGUGCUGGCUUGGGGCCCCAAAUUUUGCCAUCAGGUUGUAAAACCAGCUAAUCUUCCAGCACUGGCUCUCAGGGGCACACAGGGUUAGGGGGAUGUGAUAUGAAGUGAACAUUUAUGGGAAAGGAAGGCAGCUUGAAGGGGGCAGCUCAGUGGCAGAGCCCAUGCUUAGUAUGUGGCAUGUCUGGAUCAGCUCCCACCAACACCAAGCGGCUGCUUGUGUUGCACCCCAGUGGCUGAGGCCCAAGGGCCUGGUUGCCUGCAGGCCUGCCCCAGAUACAGAGAUCUUCCCUACCACAGCCAGGAGCGCCCACUUCCCCAUUGGUCUUGACUUGGCUUGCAGUUUCUCAGAAAAGGCAAGGCCCUGGUGGUUCUUGGCCCAGCCAUUUUCAUCCCUCUGGGUCCUCACCAGCUUCAGCCUGUGCUGUGUGGAGAAGUCGAAGGGCAAAGGGUAGAGGUGAGGCUCUUGGCACUGUCCUCUGGUAGGGUUUGGAGGUCAUCGUGAUUGGGGCUGUGGGGUCUGAAGAUCUUUCCAAUCAUAGACCUUCCAUGUCAGCCCAUUUCUGCCCUAAAACCCCCUCAGCGUAGGCCCCACGUGAGUAAACUGCUCUCAGGCUCCAGAGGGGAAGCACAUUAGCUAUGGGCUGUUGGCCACUGGGUAGUUCAGUCCCGGCCUGCUUUCAUCUACUGCCCCAGCACUCUAGUCUAUCGACCCCUUUCUUGGGCCCGGCUAGCCGCAGGGCUGGAAGCAGGCCUUUGCAACAGCUCCAUGGCAGCCUGACAAGGCAGAGCUGGGGCAACUGACAUGAACUCUGGUGCCCAUGAGCAGAGAGCGGCUUGAGGGAUGAUGAGCCUGGUUCAGGAGAGGAGGAAGGUGGCUUGAGUGCGCCAGAGCUUGCACUGAGUGCUGUUCGGGAUGGGAUUCACUGGGGCCCCCAAGGUGGCAGCUGCCGGCUGCCUGGUUUUCCUACGCCUAGUGGAGUCAAGUGGGGCCUGGGCUUAUACUGCUGGCAGGAAGAGGUGCUUCCUUUGCCUGUCCAUCCACACACAGUCCUUGGGGCCAUUGGGAUCUGAUGUUUCACGAGUGAUCCUUAUGGAGCCGAUGUUCUGGGGUCCCAGAGGAGGGCAGAGACAUGCUUUUAGACAAAGCACAGUUUGGAAGUGGCCAGUGGUCAAAGCCUGACCCCUGCUUGCCUAAGAUCUUGGGCUUGUGUCUGGUUCUGUCAAGUUCCAGAGUAUGACUGAUCACCUGAACACAAGUACCAAUCCUGCCACCGUUGCCCACGACCAUCUGUGAAGCUUUGCCUGCUGUGUAAGACCAGGCUCUCCUAGGGCUGGGCCUCUUCCUCCACGGGGCCUAGAAGAGAGCUGGCUCACCAGUGAUGCAGCUCACUCACUGGCCACCUUCGAGUCCCGCUCCACCUCCAAGGUCUGGAGUCCAUAAGGCCUGGCCUGGAAGGCAGGAGAGCUACACCUAUUUGGGCCCAGGGAGCCUUCAAUGGUGGCCUCUUGGCUCACCUAGCAACCAGUGAAAUUACCUAGAGUCCUCCUUUUUGGCAGUCCUGAGAUGCCAGAGGUGUGGGGGACUGAAGCCUUGCCCCUAAGAUAGAAGCCAUCCUACUCCAAGAGUCUCCUUGAGCCCUUUAUCCUCCUACCCUGCCAUGGUGACUAUCCUGCCCUCCAGUUCCACUGCCAGGUGACAGGUCUGGGAAGGCACACCAGGCCCCAGACCCCAAGAUAGGCUCACAUGUCCCAGAUGUGCAUGGCCUCUGCAGGGUGCCCCGCUUCCCGCCAGCACCUUCUGUCCUCUUCGGGCCACUCCACCAACUUGCCUUCUUUUCACUGAGGAUUUCCACCCAAAGGUUGUACCUUGAGAGGUGAUGACCCCCCCCCCCUCAACCACAGGCCUCACCCCCAGUGGCCCUGGCAAGGAUAAGUUCUUCCCUUGAGCCUAAUGGGGCCUGGUUGUACUCCAUUAGGCACUGGUACCAGAGCCCUGGGCUUGCCCUUUGCAGAGGCACCUACCUGCCCGGGUAUGCCCCACGGAGGAAUGGGUCACUGACCCUCUGGGUCUUGGGCCUCUGUCAAAAGGAGACCUAGGCUUGAGUUAGAAAAUAGGGAAGUGUGUGAGUCAGAAAAUAAAACCAGCUUCUUUCCUUCCCUUCAGAAGGCUUGGCGGCCUCCCAGCAGCCCAGGGCCUCUGGGGCAGGAGAAGUUUAAUCCCUUCCUUUGUUUAUAAAUUACUGAACAGCAGGUGGAGGCUGGGGAGCUGAAGGGCUGAGGGGGAGGGCAAGCAAGGAGGUGCCUGCUGGAGGAGACUGGUGGGGUCAGAAUGACUGGGGCUUAAAAACAACUGUGGCAGGAGAGGGGAAACACUUGAUCCUACCCCCUAAGAUCACAGAAGAAGCUCAGGAAGGAGUCUGGCCCCAAGGACAUAGGCCCACUUGAGGAGCUGGAGGGAGCCACUGGUUCACAUUGAAUCAGCCACUCAUCCUCCGGGGGCCACACGCUGGAGCCUCUAGCCAAUCCUGACCCUUGCAGGGCCUUGACUGGUGCAGCCCUGUCAGCCCAAAGGAUGCUGGUUGCAUUGGGAAAAUUGCAAGUUAGUUAUUUAUGAAUAUGUAAAUCUUUAUAUAUAAUCUAUUUUUGAAACAUGAAAAGUUGCCUUUAUGGAGACGUCACAGAGCCAGUGUACACUUCUUCAACCAUUAAACAUUUCUGUACCGAG